AUGCUUGAGAUAUCCCUACUUGUGUUUGUCCACAACCCAUUUGUUCCCAUAUUCCUCAAGAUAUUAAAUCCGACGAAAGAUGUGCCGAAAAUGAGCGCCAAAUCCAAGAACGACACCAACUCUUCGUCUGUUUGUUGGCCUAAACUGUCGUUCAGAGAGAACUUUGUUGAUUCAUCCAAACCUAACAAUCAGCUCAUCAAACAGACUCCGAAACAAGUGUUAAAUACAGAGAUUCCCAGCGAUAAGAAUUAUGACAUAUCGGCGCUCUAUAUGUCUGUCAAUGAACGUCAAUCAGAGCUUCCCUUUACCACCAGAGCAGGCGUUCCAACCAUUAUAGCUGAUCCCGACAACAGACCUGGACUCGUCAUCGAGAAUGAAAGCGAGUCAAAGAAUGGCCUCUUAGAGAGUCUUUUUUGUGCACCUAAUCCCAAGUGUGAACAGGUGUUCAAACCAGAUAUGGUCCGAAUCCCACCCCCACUCCACACCAGUCAGGAUGAAUUGGUAUGGAUCUUCCCGUCGGAGAUUAAUGACCUGAAGUUGUGUUGGGACUCAUCCAUGUGUAUAAGCAAUACAGUGGGCGUUGAGGCCAAGCGUCUGAUGAGCAAAGCGUUCAAAGGGUCGCUCACUAUAGCACAACAGCAACAACUACUGUCCGAAUUGGAAGCCGACCCGAAGCUGACGUACCACUUGGGCCUAACGCCCGCCAAACUUCCAGAGCUCGUCGAAAACAACCCAUUGAUUGCUAUCGAAGUGCUUCUCAUUUUGAUGCAAUCGAGUCAGAUAUCAGAGUAUCUGUCAGUCUUAGUAAAUAUGGAGAUGUCUGUCCACUCUAUGGAAGUGGUGAACCGGUUGACCACCGCCGUAGACCUGCCCACAGAGUUCAUGCACUUAUAUAUCUCUAAUUGCAUCCAAACGUGUGAAACCAUAAAAGACAGAUAUAUGCAGAACAGACUCGUGAGACUGGAUGUGUUUAUCGAAGUGCAGGCCUUUUGUAUUGAGUUCUCGCGGAUACGAGAAGCGGCCGCUCUUUUCCGACUACUCAAACAGUUGGACAGCGGAGGGGAAGUGCCGGCCGUCGGCACUAACUCCGAGUCCUCGUCACCAAAUCAAACACAAACCGAUGACAACAGUCAGAAAUGAACGGAUUUUUGUUAAUUAAACAAUUAA